GUGCGGACCGCGGGAAAGGAAAGGAAGGGGCCGGCUGCACCGCUCCAGGGUCUCCACAGACCCGAAGUGCGGGGAGGGUGGGAGGGCUGGCGGGGGUUCGAGGCGUCCCGCUCCAGGGUACCUGAUGGGCACCUGGGGACGCAGCCCUGCAGCGGAUGGGGGAGGAGCCCCAGCCACAGAGAAGUAGCAGUAGCUGAUGUGCAAUUUGGCCCCAUGAGGUUUCAUCACGAUCAACUUCAGGUACUUUUAGUGUUUACCAAAGAAGAUAACCAGUGUAAUGGAUUCUGCAAGGCAUGUGAAAAAGCAGGGUUUAAGUGUACAGUCACCAAGGAGACUCAGGCUGUCCUUGCCUGUUUCAUGGACAAACAUCAUGACAUCAUCAUCAUAGACCACAGAAAUCCUCGACAGCUGGAUGCAGAGGCACUGUGCAGGUCUAUCAGAUCAUCAAAAUUCUCAGAAAACACAGUUAUUGUUGGUGUAGUACGCAGGACGGAUAAAGAAUUGUCUGUAAUGCCCUUCAUUGCUGCUGGAUUUACAAGGAGAUAUGUAGAAAACCCCAACAUUAUGGCCUGCUACAAUGAGCUGCUCCAGCUGGAGUUUGGAGAAGUGCGAUCACAGCUCAAACUCAGGGCUUGUCAUUCAAUAUUCACUGCAUUAGAGAAAAGUCAAGAUGCAAUUGAAAUUACAAGUGAAGACCGCAUUAUACAGUAUGCGAAUCCUGCAUUUGAAACCACAAUGGGCUAUCAGUCAGGUGAAUUAAUAGGGAAGGAGUUAGAAGUGCCUAUAAAGGAAAAAAAGGCUGAGUUGCUCGAUGCUAUCAAUUCAUGCAUCAAGAUGGGCAAGGAGUGGCAAGGUAUUUACUCUGACAAAAAGAAAAAUGGAGAUAAUGUUCAACAAAAUGUGAAGAUUGUACCUGUCAUUGGACAGGGAGGAAAAAUUAGACACUAUGUGUCCAUUAUCAGAGUGUGCAAUGGCAGUAGUAAGGCUGAGAAAAUAUCAGAAUGUGUUCUGUCUGACUCUCAUACAGAUAAUCAGACAGGCAAGCAUAAAGACAGGAGGAAAGGCUCACUAGAUGUGAAGGGUGUUACCUGCCAAGCAAGUGAUGUUUCCAGCCAGAGACGACACUCCUCCAUGGCCCGGUUACAUUCCAUGACGAUUGAGGCACCCAUCACGAAGGUGAUCAGUAUUAUCAAUGCUAUCCAGGAAAGCAGUUCCAUGCCUGUGACAGAAGCCUUAGACCGCGUGCUGGAAAUUCUAAGAAGCACUGAAUUAUAUUCACCACAGUUCGGUGUUAAAGAUGAUGAUCCUCAUGCCAAUGACCUUGUUGAGGGCUUAAUGUCUGAUGGUUUGCGAAGACUAUCAGGGAAUGAAUAUGUUCUUUCAACAAAAAGUGUUCAUCCGACUUCAGGCACUAUAAUCACUCCCAUCUCCCUUCGUGAUAUCCCACCACGGAUAACUCAGGCCAUGGCAAAUGAGGAAUAUUGGGACUUUGAUAUUUUUGAAUUGGAGGCUGCUACCCACAAUAGGCCUUUAAUUUACCUUGGUCUCAAAAUGUUUGCUCGCUUUGGAAUCUGUGAAUUCUUAAACUGCUCCGAGUCAACGAUGAGAUCGUGGUUACAAAUUAUUGAAGCCAAUUAUCAUUCUUCUAAUCCCUACCACAAUUCGACACAUGCCGCUGAUGUGCUUCAUGCCACUGCCUAUUUUCUCUCCAGGGAGAGGAUAAAGGAAACUUUAGAUCCGAUUGAUGAAGUCGCUGCGCUCAUUGCAGCCACCAUUCAUGAUGUGGAUCACCCUGGGAGAACCAACUCCUUCUUGUGUAAUGCUGGAAAUACACUGGCCAUCCUGUACAAUGACCUUGCUGUGCUGGAGAGCCACCAUGCGACCUUGGCCUUCCAGCUGACCAUGGGAGAUGAUAAGUGCAAUAUCUUCAAAAACAUAGAGAGGAAUGAAUAUCGGACACUGCGCCAGGCUAUUAUUGACAUGGUCCUAGCCACAGAAAUGACAAAACACUUCGAGCAUGUCAACAAAUUUGUCAACAGCAUCAACAAACCUUUGGCAGCAUUAAAAGAACAUAGGGAAACUGCUAAAGAUCAGGAAGCUAUAAACACUAUGCUUAGGACUCCAGAGAACCGGACUUUAAUCAAACGAAUGCUGAUUAAGUGCUCUGAUGUGUCUAAUCCCUGCCGAUCCCUGGAGCACUGCAUCGAGUGGGCCGCACGCAUCUCAGAAGAAUAUUUUUCUCAGACUGAUGAAGAGAAGCAGCUGGACUUACCUGUGGUGAUGCCAGUUUUUGACAGAAAUACCUGCAGCAUCCCCAAGUCCCAAAUCUCUUUUAUUGACUACUUCAUCACAGACAUGUUUGAUGCUUGGGACGUCUUUGUAGACCUGCCUGAUUUAAUGCAGCAUCUUGACAACAACUUUAAAUACUGGAAAGGACUGGAUGAUAUGAAGCUGCGGAGCCUGCGACCACCUCCUGAAUAGUGCAGGACACCACCAGGCCCUGAAGCUUUGACCCUGUGGUCAUCGGAAUCCCUGAGGGCCGCCAGAGUUCCUCUGGUCCUUUCUGUAUUAGGCAAAACUGUCCCCUGGUCUGCAGAGACUAUGAAAGCACAUGGGGACAUCAGUAACCUUCUGCAGCCACUAUCCGAUGCCAUCGCCAUAAAGUGAGACUCAGGCCUGCUCAGGAAGGCAUAGAAAAACCAUAGUUUGCGUUAGCAUCCUGUAAAAACACAAGAUUUGGAGUGCCCCGCAAAGGUAUGGAUGGAUUUCCUCAGUGACAGAGAAUGUCUUACUGCAAACAACUUCUCAGUUAUGUUCAGCACGUAAGAACAGCUAAUGGCAAUCGGAUAUUUAGCAACUUUUCGCAUCAUAGAAGGUGCAAUCACUCACUUCGGAACACUACUGAAAGUGACUUCUCUUUUAAAAUUGAGUAGCAAAUAAAAAAAAUUGAAGUUGAUUAUUAAUAUCAGUUAUUAAAAUGUUUUAUUUAUUUUAUUAGAAGUUCACUAUUUUCUAUGAAUUUAAAAAUACUUCAAAGCCAAAGCCAACUUCAAAUACCAUGACCAGAUUUACAUGAUUCAUAUUCAUUAUGCAUUACUUGGUAUACAGACUUAUUUUCAUAAUGCGAAUUAAAAUAUAAAGUGACAUUUUUACUGCACUAUAGAAAUAUGUGUAUAUGUUAAACUCUUCUGAUUAAGACUAAUUAGAAAAAGUUGUUUUGCGGGCGGGUCUGAUCCUGCAGAGCUAAAGGAGAAGGCUGCUUGGACUCUGCAGAACCCAGGGUUCUGAGCAGCUCGGGCAUCUGAUGAGCUUGAAGGUGAUGCCCCCAAGGUAAAAUGAUACUCUUCUUGGUGCACAAAGAAAAAUUAGGAGUCACACUUUUUCCUAAAAAUUUGUAAUUGAAUGUCCAAAAGUCUGCCUUAUUUUAUACUGUUUCUACAAAAUAUUCCCUAUAAAAACAAAGAGCAAAAUGGAAUAUUUAAUGAAUUGACAUUUUUAUAACCAACUUGUUUUCAUCAGCAGUGGUAAUCUUUAAUUCCAGAAAUUUAUAAAGGUUCUGUAUUUUCAGAUUUUAAAUAAGCAUAAUACCAUAAAAAUGGCACUUGAUGACAUGUCAAAGUGUUUGUCAUAUCAUUUUAAACAUGUAUUUGUGGAUUUUUUCCUCAGAUAAAAAUGAAAUUAAACUAUUUCUUUUUAGAAAU